GUGAUGAAACUUGAAGGUGGUUCGGCGUUUGGGGAGCUUUCUUCGGCCCUUGCCAACUCGUCGAAGAGCGUAGACUACGUAGUUCCUGUCACUGACAACGGGGGGUCGUCAGGAGAGAUUCGACGUGUCUUUGGGGGAUCAGCAGUUGGUGACAUACGAUCAAGAUUGAUGCAUGUUGCUCCCAUAGAGAAGUCGUGUUACCACCUGAGAAAUAUGCUGCAAACAAGGCUUGAUCCUUAUAACGAAAGCAAGGCUAUGUUUCAGAUGAAAGAAUUUUGCAGCGCACAUGCAGAUGACUGGAAGUCGAUGACAGAGAAUGAGAGGAUUAUUCUUGUUCUCCUUUCAAUCUUCAUCAAGAUGGCAACUGCCUAUGACUCAACGAACUCCAGCGAUGUUUGGUUUCAGUUUAGGAGUUCCAACUUUGGUAACCUGGUCCUUCACAGCCUAAAGUUUGUUUUAGGCGGUCUGGAGGAAGCAAUUCGAUGGUUCUCCUUUGCACUGUUGGUGCCUGAGACGACAAGAGUAUUUCCUUGUACAUUAGAUCUUGAACAAACUGGAAUUGAAUUAGGAGCUGAGCUUGAGGAUGGGCAGAUUAUUCUGGGACAGGAUGAGAUAUCUCACCCACCAGUGGAAGAGGGUGGGGUUUUGUCUGUGGACAAGAAUCUCUUUGGGGGCUCUGACAGAGCUCCGCCAUCCAAGAUCUGUAAGAUGUUCUACAGCCUCAGCACAACGGGAGAGAGGAUCAAACCUUCUGCAAACUUGAACAUCCUUCCAGUCCUGGAGACGGCAGAGCUGAUCUUGUACGGACCGGGGAGCCUUUUCACUUCGGUGAUGCCCAGCCUCAUUCUACCUGGGAUGGGAGAGGCAGUUGCAUCGAGCAAGGCUCAAAAGCUCCUUCUUCUAAAUGGCAACUCAGACCGAGAAUCUGGGAACAUGACUGCAUUGGAGUAUCUUUCUCCUGUCACUGCUCCGACGGAUCUAACGUUCCGCAGAUUCGCUCAGGCGAUCGCAUCGGGAUUCAAUCGCUACGGAGAGUGUGAACAUGAUCUGAGCGCUUAUCUGAAUUAUGUUUGA